CAGAAUCAUCCAGGCGAUGACUAUUUUCCCAGUAUCGAGUUUAUGAGCGGAAAGAAACUGACAGUACAACACGCACUUGACCUGUGCCCAUUUCUCUCCCUCAAAGCUGGGUCGGAUGCAUAGUUCGCCUCAAGACGGAAGUGCAUUUCCGAUCAUCCUCAAGGAAAGGUUCGAAUGUCACGGCUUAUGCCGAUCCCGAUUUACCGGCUCAUUUAUCCGCGCAUGCAAUGGUCUAGAUCUAGGCUCUGGCCGGAUAAGGAAGCCACGACGUCAGGUCAAUUCCUCAACGAUCUUCAGAGCGAAAUCUAGAAAGGGUGAAUUCAUUCCGAGUCCACUAACGCAACCCCAUACCUACCAUAGCUUUUGGUCGGGAUAAGUCAUAAGGACGACAUAUAAGAACACGAACUCGCAGGUAGUCUGGGGAUAACAAGCGCCAUUCUCAUAUAUAUCUACUACAGUGAAUAUACAAUUCAAUGUCCCAAAGGGUGGAGGAGUCAAACGAGGCCCCUACCGAGCGUGAAAGAGAGGUCUAUGCACGGUACGAGACUUUAACCAAGCAAAAUAUCCUCCUACGUUCCCAGGUGAAAGAGCGCAAAUUCUUCGACUCGGGCGAUCUCGCAAUCUCCAAAGCCACUGAUGACUCCAUGACUGGACAUCCACGAACUGGAAAGCAGCAUCCUAUAUCCGGCGAAAUUCCUAAACUCUCGUCACCGAUGUCGGGUGAUAGCAAUGUAAAGUCUCACGCGAAUACUGCGCAUGACCAAAACAAGACUAAAGAAUGAUGGGGUCCUAUUUAACCGGGGGCGAUGGUCAGCAGUGUGACCAUGAGAAAAGUGCGUGUCUUAGAGCUUGGCCUCAGCCUUGGGCAUAACCAAAGGAAGGAUUAUAAUAGGUUGACAAGCUGGAGAGCUCUGUGUACCCUCAAACUUGUAUCACAUGGUCGGUGUACCCCUCACCACGGCUUUUGAAUGUUUGGGCCUCAAGGUGCUGGCACACGAACGGAUGGCCACACAAUGAGUGCUCUCAUGGUGUCCUCAAAGAGGUCCUUGACCCCAAGCAAUGUCCCUCAGUUUUCGAGCAGUAGGCAGUAGUGCUUUUCAACCGUGUUUGGUAGUCUCGGAGCGUGUUCGCAAACAUACAUCUACUUUGCUUUUCCAAACCGAGGUGAAGCAAAGUCCAAGAUGGUACUCGUGGUGGACGAUUGUAUUGCCAGGAACGAGGCGAUGUCCAAAGCCUUGUGCCUGCAUCGCCUGCACGAUUGAUCCUACCAGUGGUGGGUUGUGUGACUAGGGGAAUUAGGGGGCAAAUCAAGACCUCGUACCAAUCAAGUUGCUCUCCUCAUCCAUUAUAAUCUCAUCGCUGGCCAUAGUAGACGUAACGAGGUCAGUCUGGCGAUAUAUCCGAAACCCCGAGGUGAACUCCGAGCACGCAGAUUCAAAGGUACCUCCAUCGAUCAAUCGGGCGAGUCCGGGGACAGGUCAUAGCCCAUGUACUGUAUAGUGUCUUUUGCUGCCAUGACGAGCUGAUUACAAAUGGGUAGGAGUAUCCGUGGUCACCCAAGAGUAGAGGGCAUUCGUAGGGUCAGGCGCCGUUGAUUUGAUCUGUUUGCAAACCUUAAAGCGGCGCUGCUAAAGUUGUGAAGCGAUACCUCGGCAGUCUUAUGCUGCUUUACCAAUUAUCAUAUUGCACAUACCAUGUUUCACUGCAUGCCCCUAGCUCAACAUUU